CCAGGGUGGCCGUCCAGAAGGGCAGGCAAAUCCAAAGCUCACUAAAGUGGCGGCACAACAUUCUUCCUGGCCUUCGGGCCGCGCCGGGGCGAGGCGAGGCGCGGGCCGCGGACUGCUCAUGAAGGGCCUCACGCUGGACCUGCGACCAGGCACCGGCCUCGGUGCUUUCAAUCUUGGCAUGCCAGUGUGCGAAGCAUUGGCGUUUGUAGACCAGCAUUCAUCUAUUUUUGACGUCGUUCAUGUCAAGUACAAUGAAGAGGAGCCACUUAGUUUGGACCUGGUUCUCAGCUUUCCUGAGUAUGGAUUUCAUCUUCGGUUUGAGCCUCGUUCUCAGCGACUUCGACUUAUAGAAGUAUAUGAUGUUCAACUUCUUCAUAUGCGUUAUGCUACAUCAUCAAUUGGGGGUCCUCAUGCUCCUGCUACUUUUGUAGCUGUUUAUGCCCUUUUUGGACCUACUUUUCCUGGCACGUUCAAUCUAAAGCGAUGCAUAUAUCAUCUGAACUAUCCUGGUCUCUCUUUUGUUUUCCCUAUACCACCGCAGCAUAUUAGUUACUGGCAGGACCGCAAAGGAGAGCUGCCGCUGGAGUUCCCAGAUGGUACAACUCCAGUUAUGUCCCGGGCUUGUAUCUAUGAUAGUACGGGUGAAGUAUGUGGAAGUUUUAAACUAGUUCCUGCACCACAGUUGCCCGGUGGAGGACUUUAUAUGGAGGAGGUUCAUGCAAAGCCAGCCGAAGAUAUUCAUUUCAACGGAAAUGGGCAGCGAUUAGCCUUUGGGGCGUCUCCACAGGAUGUUUGGGCACAACUUGGCCGGCCUUGCUGCAUACAGAAGAAACAGAUUGAUCCCAUGGUCAUACAUUCUGCUUCCGAUCCUCGUCCUCAGACAGCUUUGUGUGGAGAUUACUUCUAUAACUACUUCACAAGAGGACUGGAUAUCCUAUUUGAUGGGCAGACACAUCGAAUAAAAAAGUUUAUCCUCCAUACGAACUUUCCCGGCCACACAGACUUCAAUUGCUACAUGAAGUGCAACUUCUUCAUACAUUGUCCUCCAGCUUUGGAUACAGGAUCUGAAAAGAAGUCACUAGAGACCGUUACCAACAGGUGCAUCAGUUCUGUUUCGAAGUGGUCUGAGGUGCAGGACAUACUGGGAGAUGGAGGAAGAGCAGCUAUUCAGACACAGGGCUCUGAUACUAAUCCAUUUGGGCCAACAUUUGUCUACGGUUACCGAGACAUAGCAUUGGAGGUAAUGAAAAAUGGUCACAUUGCAACUGUGACAUUGUUCCAGACAGGAAGAUCUUCGUGCCCUGCACGAUAGGUCUGCAGAUCCUGAUGACAGUUUCGCGCUUCGAUGUAAUAAAAAAUACUGAUUUCUCCUCAAUGUGGUUCCGACCAAACCCGUCACAGGUUCAUAUGAUUCUGUAGUCUGUACUUGUACAUACGUACGCCCUGGGUAGGUUUGACAUUUCACAUUCUCAAUGUUCUCAUCCAUCAGCACUACGGUAACGGUUCCAUCUGGUUUCCAAUAAAACAGAAACAUCAACGAGCAAAGUACAGAACAAUACUGAACCAAGCAACGGAUUGCACGAAAAAGAGUCGAGUGUAAGAUUUGAAGUGAUAUUGCUGUUGAUGAUGAUCACCUUCACUCAUUCACACCUUCUGUGUAAAAACUCAUCCCAUUACAUGCUUGUCGUAUAAGGGAGCCUCCACAACUCGGACGGUGGUCGAUCUCUGGAAUAAUAUCUAAGGCCGGUGUUUGAAUAGCUCUACAUCCAAAACGCUACAUCAAUUGCUUAAUGUGUGAUAGACAAUACACAGUACUCGUGCGAGAAAGAACCAUCGACGUUUCUCCGUUGCCGAGCAUACGAAAGGAGCAAACCCUUUUUCGACUGAGUGACCUUUCAACUUCAUACCGACUCCAAAUUCUCAAGUCUCGAACUCAUAUUCGGUACUCCAUUUGCGACCUGAGGUACUCGGAGGUAGAAUCCGUCACCGAGGAUGAGCCCAGAGCACACGGGCACGUCGCUGCGCCUCUUUCACCGCACGAAGGAGGUCACUUUCUGUCACACUCCCCGCAAGUAGUGAGGAGAACGGAUGAGUUUGUUCGACUCCAAUGUUUUACUACCUUCGCUUCUGAAUUCAUUGAGGUGACCGAACUAUCACUUACACUCAUCCAGUAACAAUCGCCCGAAAGAUAGAUAGAGCAGUCGAUGAUACAACGACACCGCUCAGUACCCCGAUAUGCGAAGGCCCCCUCUCCGAAGGCUCUCGGGGUUGAGUGCAGAAGGACACGAGGAGUAAAAGAAUAUGUGACUGAACGCAACGAGGGCUUCCCGCGGAGGCAUGUAUGCCGGACGUCGGAUGUCGGGUUGGGACGAGGCGGCUCUCCUGCUGAGAGAUCACCCGUCGACCUCCGGGUUUUGAUACAGCCCGCCAUCGCCAUCGCCAUCGUGCACUUAGUGAUCGUGACAUUUCAGUUUCAUCGUCAGAUCUUCUUCGAGUUUCUUCCUCAUCGGCUGACCUCUGGCAAGAACCUCCGGCUCGAUGCGGAGCUCAAUGUUGUCUGAUUCACCGAUUCGUCAUCGGACGCCAGCAGCCAUGUAUUCGUUCAUCUGAGGAGAUUCGUCAAGUUUGCCGAUGCGUUCAUCUGAGGAGAUUCGUCAAGUUUGCCGAUGCUCGUACUGGUGCAUUCCACCGAAGAGCCGAUCAGUUUUUGGAUUUUACUUGGCUCAUCUUCUCGCAUCGCAACGAUCGUUGGCAGCUGAGUAGUCUGGCGGGACGCUGGGGAGGGACGGAGCAGAUUGUAAUCUAACCAUGUCUUUCAUCGACAUCAGAAAAUUUGUCUCCAUUAUGAAAGUCCUAGGUUAUUCUCAUACGAUAUCCAUGGACAGUUUUCGAAAGCCAAAUUUUGA